GGUUCUGUAGAUGGUGUGCAGGUGCAACGCGGUAGCGGGCUGGCGAUGGCUGGGACAGCGUCUACGGGUUAUCUGCUAGACCCGGCACUCCACCUGUCACCUGGAGGGGGGGAUAAGAAUAAAUUGGGGGUUCGGGGAGGGGGAGGAGGGGGUCGUGACGAGCCCCCACGUGGCUCAUCAAGGCUUGCGGUGGGCUCGUGCACUCCAUCUGCUCCUCGCCCCAAGUGCUCCCCGUUGGUACUUUCGUGGAGACGUACGAGCUAUGGCCGAAGCUCUUGGGGGAGACCUAUCAGAGGGGAGGAAGUAGUAGACUCAUUUUUAUUCAGACGAGGAGGAGAGAGAGAAAGGGAAGCAGCUGAAGGAAGAGGAGGAGGAGGAGGAGGAGGAGGAGGUGGAGAUGGUUGUGGGUAUCGAGGAGGAAUAGCUGUUGCAGGAGAAAGAAGGGGGGGAGGGUGUGAUAGAAGCGGAGGACGGGGGAGAUGGGGAGGGGAAUAUGGGAGAGGAUUACGGCAGAGGUGGAGGGGAAAGAAGCAUGCGGGAGGGAUGGCGGGUAGUGAGAGAGGGGAGGUGGUUUCUUGGGAGAAGGAGGAGGGCGAGUCCGAGGAGAAUGGGGAGAUGAAGGAGGUGGAGGAGAUGGAGGAGAAGAGGGAGGAGGUGGUGGAGGCGGCGGAGGCGGAGGAGGAGACGGAGGAGAGAGAGAGGUCCUCGUCCGCCUUAUCGCCUACAAGACGGCUGAUUCUUCUCAGACAUGCUAAGAGUUCGUGGGAUGACCCUUCAAUCAAGGAUCACGAAAGGGCUCUAAGUUCCCGCGGGCGCGCAGCGGCCGCCAGCGUGGCAAUCAAGCUUGCCACGUGGCGGGAUCUCGGAUGGCUUCCUCAACUUAUCCUCUGCAGCGACUCUCGUCGAACGCGGGAAACCCUAGACGUGAUGAUGAAUACGGUGGAGGCUUUUCGGCAUGCAGCGGUGAAGUUUCUUGGAAGUUACUAUACCAUCGGUGCGAUGGAUGGGCAGUGUGCAGAGCACCUGGUCGAGACUGUAUCACAGAACGCGCGAGAUGAGGACACGUGUGUGAUGUGUAUGGGGCAUAACAGGGGAUGGGAGGAGGCGGCAUCGGAUUUCGUGGGAACGAAUGUAGAGUUGAAGACGGCAAAUGCCGCGCUCUUGAGCGUACAAGGGGGUGAAACUUGGCGGGAAACUUUCGAAUUGGCGGGAUUUGGUGGGUGGAAGUUGGAAGCUAUCGUAUUUCCUGAUCAACUCCGGCAUAAUCAUCACCCACCUCCUCCUCCUGCGCCUCCUCAACGUUCUCAUCAACACUAGUCAUUGUUUUACGACGAUGUAAAUUAGAAAAAUAAUAUAAUAUUAUUAAUAAAUAUAAUAUGAACAC